AGAAAUGGAGGUAUUGAAGAUGAGACUCUUCACCGCUGUAGUCCUCAUGGUCUUGGCCGUCUCGGCGGUUCAGAAUGUAGCAGCAGCUGAAGCUCCGGCACCGGCUCCUGCUUCUGACGCUGCCGUCUUCGUUCCUACCGUAUUUGCUUCUCUAGCUGCUCUCGCCUUCGGAUUAUUCUUCUAAUCUCUCUUUCUCAGAGGAAUAGAGGAUGAUGGAUCUAGUGACGUAGAUAGAAAGACUUUCUCUGUCUCUCUCUCGCUUCAGAUCUCGGUCACUUUCUACUACGCUCCAGAUAUAUCUACUCCGAGACUGAGAAUUGGGAUUGAGGCUCUGAGUCUUUUGACCUAUUCUUCUUUCAUUUGUUUUGUUUUCAUUUUUAAUUAUUAUGUACUUGAUUGUUAUAUAAUGUAUUAAAAUUGUUGAAGAAUGAUUUGUUUGGUUGUGA